AUGAUUGGGUUUGCACGUGAGCAAAAGGUGAUCAGAAUCCUAAUCGAUGGUGGGUCUGGAGUUAACAUCCUUCCUAUUCACACAAUGAAGGAGCUUGGAAUCGCAAUGGAGGAUCUUUUCGCAAGUCGUUUGAUGAUCCAAGGAUUCAACAAAGGGGGACAAAGAGCCAUAGGAGCUAUCAAAGUAGACCUCACCAUCGGCGAGCUGCAAUCUAGCGCGUGGUUGCAUGUGAUCGAUGCAAGGACUUCGUAUAACAUCUUGCUCGGUAGGCCUUGGGUACAUGAGAACAAGGUGAUCCCCUUUACCUACCACCAGUGUUUGAAGUAUCAUGAAGAUGGAGUUGAAAAGAAGAUUAUGGCCGAUGAUAAUCCCUUCACUGAAGCUGAAGCGCACUUCGCCGAUGCCAAGUUCUACUUAAAGAAAUAUGCCGCAAAAGUUGAUGAAGUUGCGAUAAUCGAUAAUGCUGAGGUUAUGAACAAAAAUGCAAAGGUGGUUGCUUGUAAGGAGAAGGCAGCAGUUAAGGAAGAUCAAAGGUCCUUUGAUGUCAGUAAGUUGCCCAACACAAAUGGCGCUUCUUCGAGUAAGAAAAUUGACACAAUAAUAUCAUCCACAAAAUUACUUGGAAGAUUUGUGGCUAGCAGCUCGCAACAAAAUGAAGCACUCCCUACGAAGCGUACAGAUGAAGGUUUAGAUCCAAAUGCUUACAAACUACUCGCAAAGGUUGGAUACAAUCCUAGAGAACCAUCAAAAUUGGGGAAGCUUCCGAUGGAACCUGUGGCGAGGCAAAAACGUGAAGGAAAGUCGACCGCGAGAGUUUCUGUAUUUGAGAGGUUAGGACCAAUGAAGAAUGGAAGCAAGAUUCGGAGAAACCACAAGCGUAUGAAAUCAUCAUUUUUUCCCAAAUCUCAAAAUAUCUCCAAAGACUUCCGAAGUCUGAUCCCUUCUAGGAUGAGGCGGCAAACGGAUCUUGUGGUCUCAUGUGGAGAAGUACUAAAAGCAAAGUCGCAUGUUGUGGUCUACACCAAGGAGCGGGAUGAAGAUGAAGAAAGUGUUGGCUCUUCAUAUCACGUUACUGUACAAGAUGAAAGGGAUACUUUAUCUCCAAUAAGGGUUGAUGAAGAAUUGGAGGAUUUUUCUUGGUGUUACCAUAUAUAUGUCGAUGAUGGCGAACCUCAAGAAGAUGAAGACGCUAAGGAUGCUCCGCCCGAAUUUGAAGAAGGGGUAAAAACGACAGUCGACGCAUUGAAAGAAGUCAACCUUGGCACUGAUGAAGAUCCAAGGCCCACUUAUGUAAAUUCUUUACUUGCAGUCGAUGAAGAGAGUGCUUAUGUUGAAUUACAUAAAGAGUAUAAGGAUGUAUUUGCCUGGAGUUACAAAGAGAUGCCUGGCUUAGACCCUAACGUUGCGGUCCAUCAUCUCGCUGUUAAGAACGGCACACGUCCUAUCAAACAAGCACAACGACGUUACAGGUCAGAAUUGGUUCCCUUGAUCGAAAAUGAAGUUAACAAGCUUAUUGAGGCUAGUUUCAUUCACGAAGUUAAGUUCCCCACAUGGAUUUCGAGCAUUGUCCCUGUGAGAAAGAAAAUUUGUAACGACUAA